GUGAAAAAAUGUAAGUCAAGUGCUUGAUAAGUUUUCGAACCCGCAGGGGAACUAUUUAUUAUUCAGCGAAGGUUGCCUUACUAGUAACAUCUUUAAUUAACCCGCAUGUCAUUUUCAAUAGGCCUAUUCAUAUAGUAUAAACAAAAUGGAUUAGAAUCUCGUGAGAGUUAAUUUCUAUUAUUUUAUGGAUAUUACAAGAGUCUGCCGUCAUGUGGAAGUGCCAUAAAUGUGGGAAACCAGUAUAUUUCGCUGAACGGAAGCAAUCAUUGGGAUAUGACUGGCAUCCAGAAUGUUUAAGAUGCGAAGAAUGUGGGAAACGCUUGAAUCCAGGCCAGCAUGCAGAGCAUAAAGGUGUACCAUAUUGUCAUGUACCAUGUUACGGAGCUCUUUUUGGGCCACAAUUAUUUGGUCAUGGAACAAGAGUUGAAUCACAUACAAGUUUUGGGAAAAAAGAAGCUCGGCCAUCAUUACCCAGAUCACACUUGGAAUCAAAGUUGAAGGUUUUCAACCAGUAUUAUGAAGGCAAAAGUGGUGGAAUAAGAAGCCGUGAGGUUAAUGGAAGAUUGAUACUGGAAGGUGCACUUCGUAUUUAUUGGGGUGUCAGAGGAGUGAUUCAUUUAAAAGAAGAUGAUGAUCAACGCACAGUAGUUACAGCUCGUAAUAGAAAUUCAUGUAGACGUAGUGUUUCUGAUAGUAUAGAAGAUGAAGAAAAAGAGGAAGAUUGUGUAAAAGAAACUUGUGAGCAAGACGCAGAAACUGAAACAAAGUCUGUACCAACCUCACCUGAUCAUCUUAAGAGCCUCACUUUACCAAUGAAACUAGACGUUAAGAACAUGGAGUGGGAUGAAAUAGAUGAGCUUCUUCAGGUUGAACGUAAAAUCGAAGAUGGAAAGAAAUUAUACCAAACGAUGCCCGAAAAUCUACCUUCGAUUAGUUCGCAAACCACUUCCGACCCACUGCCUCUUUCCUCUCAAUCCAGUUUUGAUAGAUCUGAUUCUCGCGAAAAUUCAGAAGCAAAUAGUCCAAAUCAUCAAAGCAACCGUGGUAAUGAUAGUAGCGUAACUAGUACACCAACGCACAGUAUAGGUAGUUCUUCCAGUACCGAUACGCCUAUUUACCAUGGCACACCAAAUCGAAAUGAAACGCUUCGAAGGGUAGAAUACUUUGACAACUUAGAGAAAAAUAUGUCCGGUAAUAGAUCUAUUAGCACUGAUGACAGUUGGAUAGAAAAAGGCUUAAAUCGGUCGAUGUCCGGACCUGAUUGCCUCCAAAGACAUCGAACUGAUAGCGAUACAGAUUCUGUAAAUUCUCUACAAUUUAGAGAAGAUGAUAACAUGACAAUGUCGACCGACAGUGGACUAGAGCUGGAUGGCGUAGUUUUACGACGAAAACAAGGAUCCACCGCAAUUAGACGUCGCCCGGGUGGUCGACGACAAUCACGUAGUCGACUGCGGCGUCGUUGUUCAAUUAACGGACAUUUUUAUAAUCGUGAAACCAGUUUUUUUACACCUCCGCAUGGAUCUCAAAUGUCCGUUUGGAUUACAAGUUUAGUAAAUACUCAGGAAGUUAUCAACCUUAUGUUAGACAAAUAUAAAGUUGAUGCUAAACCAGAUAAUUUUGCGUUGUUCGUCGUCCGCGAUAAUGGCGAGCAAAGAAGAUUAAGAGAUGACGAAUAUCCGCUGGAGGUUCGUGUAGUAUUAGGUCCGCACGAAAAUGUCGCGCGACUUUUUUUAGUAGACAAAUUGUCGACUCCGGAAAUUAGUUCUGACGUUGCGCAAUUUCUUAAUCUCUCUUUGGUAGAGUGUCACGGUAUAUUGCAACGUUAUUAUUACGAAGAGGAGCGUCAGAUUCUGCUUUUAAAAGAAAAAUAUAAGGAGAUGCGGCGAAGAAUACGACAAAGAAUGGAAGAGCUAAAGGUUCGACUAUAGUUAGUACGUAUUCAUAAUAAACAUUUAAAUAUCAUAUUAUUUUUCUAUUAAUUUUCACUCGAAGAUAUAUAUACAUAUAUAUAUAAUUCCUUCUUUUUUUAUGUAAAUUAUUUGUCAUAAAAUGUGUUAUCGUAAUUGUCCUCAAACAUUCAAACGUAUUAGAACCACUUACUGUCGUCAUUUCUUCCAGCUCUCUAUAUUUAUUUAUAACUUCAAAAAAUUACUUCUGGGAAAGUUCGAUUUUCUGCUUUGUUUUGGAGAAGAAAAUCGAAAUAGAUCAAUCAAAAUAUUUUGUUGAAAUAUGCAAUAAAAAUUAAUUUAUAUAAUGAUAACAAAGUUAAGCUUUUAAUCUUUGAUUUAAUAUUAUACUUGUCUUUUAAUGAAUGAAUUAAUUAAUUAAAUUAAUUAAUUAAAGAAGUAGUUUAUAGAAGAUCAAACUUUUAUAUGAAUUUGUUUUUUGAAACUGUUAUCAAUAAAUGUCGUGAGUUAUAAAAUAGCACCACGACCAUGGAAGCAAAUCUUGCACGAUUUAUUACGGAAUGACUCACUAUCGGAAAAGUGAUUUACGUUUGAAUGUGUCGAGCGAUAACGUACUAACAUUUUCUAGAUUAACGUCUUAUGGUUACAUUAUUCAAUUGUACUCAUUACUUCUGCAUAUUUGUUGCAUUUAUCUGUAGUCAUUAAUGCGCAGCUACUAUUGAGACAUUCAGUGCAAUUUAACUAGAAAUUCAUGUAUCAAAUUAAGUGAUAUAUACAUGUAUUUUUUAAGUCUCGACUGUGCAUCAAACGAUAAUUAAGCAGUCUCGCGAACCAUUCUUUAACUCGAUAUCUUUUAAAUUGUUCGCUAUAAGCUAAUUGUUGUAUGUAUAGCGUUUCAUUUGAUUUUUUAACAUUAAAAAUGAACACUGUCAUAAUUUAUUAAGGGCGAUCGAGUAUUGUAUCUGUGUAAUAGAUAGACACCGAUGUCAAGUCAAUGAUUGAUACAAGAGAUGAACAUUUUAUGAAAGGGAAAGAGAAAAGAUAUUGUUCGCAGUUUAGAUUGUACGAUUGUUAGAAUCUCAUGCAAGGCUGUCCAACUUCUUACCUCGUGAAGUUUUUCUAACUUUUCUGUUCACGUAGGUGCCAAAAGAAAAACAGAAAUAAUGAAGAUAAAAAGAAAGAGGAAAAUGAAAGAAAUUAUUAUAUAUUAAACAAUAAAUGGAAAUAGAAUUUUAACGAAGGAAUUGUUGAAUGUAAAAUGGAAAUGUUAGAGAAAGCAGAACGUUUUAAAAGCUAUAUGUAGAUGUAUAUAUCGUCUAGAUGAAAAUUACUAUAAACGAUUGUACCUUGAACUGCAGUUUUAGUUGGACAGCUCCGAAACCCAUAGAUAAUUGUUAUUAACCAAUAGCAAUUUUCGACACGUAUCACUGCCGUAAUUGCUAGAUCAUGAAUAAAUAUUUUAUCUGUAGAAUAUAGUACGAAAUAUUGAAGAAAGGAUUGCAUUGAAGGUAAUUUGGCUUUUAGAAUUUGUUUAAGACG